CAUGAAUCUAUCAUCGCCUCAACGACGGAGCCCAAAAUUUUCUGCAGGCCCGCUAGGGCUGCGGUAUGGAUUGCCGGCCCACUGAAUGGCCAGAGAACCAAUACAUCGCCAGGCAUUUGACGGUCUCCGUGACCGGCUAUUGUCCCUGCGAUCUCCUCAUGCCUGUCGACGCUUUUAUCUGCCACUAUGAUGCUAUGGCUGGUUCUUAGACCUCGAUUUUCCCUCCUCUGUUCCUCUCCUCCUCUCCUUCUCCGGCGUUGUUGGACUUUUGGUCUACGAAGCAGAAGAGAUCCAUAGCCAAGAGGCUUGCCCAUGAUCACUCAACAGGCGAUAGGCACGCCUAAAAUUGCGUUCAAGAUCCCCGAUCAACCCCACCACGCCCACGAGACCCAAGCUUUUGCCAGAGACUCUCUCUUUCUCACCGAGUGCCCCGGCUGGACUUGAUGUCGGGAGGUUCCUUUGUCGCGGAUCAACACGCCCCAAAGAUCCCAGCAUCAUCAAGUGGCAACCGCUCUGCGUUUGACUCUACCAAACACCAAGAAACACAAACUGUUCGCUCGUGCGCGGAGACGCGGCACUCACCGUCGCAAAGCGAGGCAUCUCACACCAACGGACAUGGCGCCCUCGAGAGGAUACCCACUGCUCAAGAAGAGCUGCCAAACACUGUCCAGGCCGAACGAACAGUAACCGAUGCGGGUGGGGGACCAAUCCAUUCCGUCUUCACAAAGAACCAAAAGCUAUUCAUAGUGUUUAUGGCGUCGUGGGCUGGGUUCUUUUCCCCUGUAUCCGGCCAGAUCUAUUUCCCUGCUCUGAAUGCAUUAGCGAAAGAUUUGCAUGUCUCGAAUUCAUUGAUUAACUUGACUCUGACCUCUUAUAUGAUAUUCCAAGGCCUUGCCCCUACGUUUGUUGGAGAUCUUGCUGAUGCUGCUGGUCGGCGUCCCGCAUAUGCCGUUUGUUUUACUAUCUACAUCCUCGCCAACAUUGGUCUUGCACUUCAAAACAGUUAUGCCGCGCUAUUUGUCUUGCGCUGCUUCCAGAGCUCAGGUUCUAGCGCCACUAUAGCCAUGUGUAGCGCCGUUGUGUCCGACGUUGCCACCGCGGCAGAAAGAGGUAGAUACAUGGGCUUUACCCUUGCAGGUUCUCUGCUCGGUCCAGCGAUAGGCCCCGUCGUUGGAGGUGUCCUCGCCCAAUUCUUGGGGUGGAGGGCUAUCUUCUGGUUCCUGAUGAUCAUGGGCUCUGCCUUCAUGGUUGUCUUUGCGAUUUUCUUUCCGGAGACAGCUCGUACUCAGGUCGGCAACGGUUCUAUCCCACCAAAAGGCUGGAACAUGUCUCUGAUGAACUACCUGGCAAUACGCAAAGCUCGAAAGUUGCGUCCUCGGGACCAGAUGUCCUCGAAAGACGAUCAAUCCCAAAGCGAGACCCGGCAGAAAAAGAAGUUUCGUUUCCCCAAUCCCCUGCGGUCUCUUCAUAUCAUCAUGGACAAGGAGAACGCACUGCUUCUUUUCUAUAACGCUUUCCUGUUUGCCGCCUUUUACGAUGUCACAGCCAGCUUGCCUUCUCAACUGCAAGCGAUUUUUGGUUUCAACGAACUACAGAUCGGCUUGUGCUUUAUUCCUUUCGGCUGUGGGUCCCUAUGUGCUGCCCUGACGAAUGGACAACUCUUGGACCGUAACUUUGCCCGUUGGUGCAAGAAGCUGGGAGUGAAGAUCCGCAAGGGACGAAAUCAGGACCUGAGCAAUUUCCCGAUUGAAAAGGUGAGGCUGCAAAUCGCCAUUCCCGCCGUGUAUCUUACGUCAAUGUUGGUUCUUGCAUUCGGCUGGAUCCUGGAUGUCAAUGGCCCUCUCCCGGCAUUACUGGUGGUCCUCUUCUUCACGAGCUUCAGCAUGUCUAUUGCAUUCAACGUCACGAGCACGCUCUUGGUUGAUUUCUAUCCUAGAGCCCCUGCGACGGCAACGGCAGCCAACAACCUUGUCAGAUGCGGCCUAGGUGCAGGCGCCACGGCCGCCGUGAUCCCCAUGAUCGAUGCGUGGGGACGAGGCUGGACAUUUACAUUUUUGACUUUGGGGCUAGUUACGACUUCGCCGAUGCUUUGGGCCGUGUAUUUCUGGGGGAUGAAGUGGAGAACAGAGCGAAGAGAACGGGAGACGAGGGCGAGGCAGCUGAAAGAGGCAAAGCUGAACCGGGAGAGCUCUGGCGAGAAUGGGUGUGUGACGGAAGACAAUGAAAAGCCACCUGUCGAAGGGGGAGCUGUCGAGAUGACGGCCAUGGCCGAGAAGGACCAAGAAAAGGGGUUCGGCUAUCACGAGUCAUCAAAGGACAUGUCCAAAGUACGAGGUGAGGAUAGGGACCAGGAUCUUGACGAUGUUACGAGCCGGGAAGAACAGGAUAUCACGCUGUCAAGAUCGUUUUCAUAUGAGUCUGGAUAUUAAUUGAGUAAUCAACAAGUUUGUG